AUGGAGAUAUGGAGUAGAUUAAGGGUUUUGAGAAAUCAAUUUUUGCUUGGUGAUUGGUGCACUGUGGGUGAUUUUAAUGCGAUUCAGAUGGAUGGUGAAAGGAAGAGGGUUAGUGAUGGUAUCAAUAGGGUGGAGUUGAAGGAUUUUAAUGACUUUAUUUUGAGUAUGGACCUAGUCGACAUUCCUGUUGUGGGUUCUAAGUUUACUUGGUUCAAGCUUGAUGGUAGUGCUUGUAGUAGGUUGGAUAGGUUUUUGGUAUCGGAAGGUCUCAUUGAUCUUUCGAAGUUGGAGUGUCAGGUGGUGGGUGAUAGAUGUCUUUCCUACCAUUGUCCUAUAUGGUUGAAUGCGAGUUCGCGUAACUGGAGUCCUAACACUUUUAAACUUUUCAAGUGCUGGUUUGAUCAUGAGAAAUUCAUUCCUUUUGUGGAAGUAAUUCGGUCUAAUGCGGUGAUUUGGGGUAGAACGGUGUUUAUUCUUACUAAGAAGAUAAAGAUCCUCAAAGCUAAAUUGAAUUUUUGGAAUAAGGAAGUAGGGAUGUUAUCGGUCCGGUCCGGAUAUUUGCUAUCCCGAGAACCGGACCGAAAUAGAUUGAGUUUGGAGGUGUCCGAGUCUAGGAAGCUUUCUUCUAAGAAGGUGUGGGAUUCUAUGUUUAAUAGUCUUUUGAGAUCUUUUCUUGAAGCUCCCUUUCUUUUGGAGGAUGUUAGAGAGGUUAUGUGGUUAAGCAGUUGUGAUAAGAGUCCGGGUCCAGAUGGUUUUUCUCUUGGUUUUUUUAAAAAGUGUUGGGUGUUUAUGAAGGAUGAGGUUGGGAAUUUUGUUAAUGAGUUUCAUAAGAACAGGUUUCUUCCUAAAGCGGUUACAACUUCCUUUAUUGCUUUGAUUCCUAGGACGGAUAAUCCGCAAGACAUUGAUGAGUUUAGGCCUAUUUGUCUUGUGGGUUGUUUGUAUCGUCUCAUUUCUAAGCUUUUGGUAGCUAGAUUAAAAGUGGUUAUUAAGAAGUUGGUUUCUCCUUCUCAAACGGCAUUCAUUGAAGGGAGGCAAAUGGUGGAUGGGGUUUUGGUUUUGAAUGAGGUGUUGGAUUAUGCUAAAAGGUUCAAGAAGGAAUGUUUAGUGGUGAAGGUGGACUUUGAAAAGGAUUUUGAUUGUGUGUCUUGGGAUUACUUGUGUUACAUUCUUUCUAUAAUGGGUUUUGGUCUUAAGUGGUUGUUCUAA